GAGCGUCUGCAAUUAGUCGAAGUCCAAAUGCAAGUAAUCGAGAAGAAGUAACUCAAUCUAUUUCGGAAUUGGAAACAGAUAGAAGCGAACAAAGUUCAGAUAGUGAAGAUGAACCUUUUUCAAAAACAAAUAAAAUGUCGGCCUUAAUUAAACGAUUAGAAACUUUGGAGAAACUUCAAACAGCUCAUAAUAAGCCAGUACCAAUCGAAAAACCAAGUGAGACAAUGUACGUUAAUAUACCAAAGUUUCUCAAGAUUGAUAAGCCUAUAUAUAAUAGUUAUCAGGAAUCACUUCGUCUAAUGAUAACGGCUAAAUAUGAAAAGAACGUGCCUGAGUUUCGACAAAUACCUGAGAGCGAAAAAAGUGGAAUUAUUAAAAGAUUUAAACGCAAAAAUCCAAUGUUUCCCCUUACAAUUUGUGACUGGGCUAUUAGGCGAAUAAUGCGAGGAAUAAUUAAUAAUAAACGUGAUAUUGAAAAGCGUAAAAUGAAUAGCCAUUCAUCUCACAAUAGCAAAAAAACGAAGAAAGACCUUCCUAUCGGAACACGUGAGACCAUCGAAGAGUUUGUAUCCAGCCUUGGAAUGAGUACUAUCGAUCACAAUCAGCCUUUAGAAGUUACCAGAACUUCAAGUCUAGUAAAUAAUACAAGAAUAACUACCGAUACUAGUACCUCUCGUGCUUCAUUAACUACUCUUCAACAGCAAAAUAACAGCGACAUCCCAGAUAUUAGUUCUACCACUGAAGUAUUGAAAAUACCAA